ACCUGUAUUGUCCCCCUGCAUGCACCGAGUGCUUUCCAUGCACACGAAGAAUGGCGAAAAUGGCACGCGUGUGUUUGUAACCGGCCGAACCUAUUUUUAAGGAACACCUUUGGUGUGAUGCCCGCAUCUCCGUACUUUUCCACACCGUAACACCGGCGCUCUGUCCCGAGCUGCGGCAUGGGGAAGGUAAAAAUAAGGAUGCCUGCCAUUGUUGACAUAUGACAGCACGGUUAUGGAGAAUUAGCCGCAUAGCGCUAAACUUGGUGCAAAGUGAAUAAAGAGAUAAAAAUAGCAGCGAGGGGACUAUACUGGGCGAGAUGGGUCAUUCAGCUGGGCCAUUUGCAGAACUGGAUUCCUUUCAUGUGCAAAUAUGCAAAUAUUAUUGUUGUUGUGGUGGCCUAGCAUUGAGCCUUUGGGCUCCGGACAAGCAUUGAACUUUCAUUUUUCUGGAGAAGAUCUUAAUGGAGUGUGAGGUGCACUAAUGCCGAGUGUUAAAUUUCUUAGCUGUGGAGAUUGUGGACUCCCACCGCACUCAUGACAUUUUUCCAUGGGGCAGUCUCCUCUGGGAUAGUCUGGGACGUCCCGGUAAAUGGUCAUCUUUCCUGAGGUGACCAGUCCUUUGGAAUUUGCAUGACCCUUUACUCCUUCCCACCCUCAUUAUACCGGAUCCCUCGCUGCGGCUGGUGAGCGCGGCGGACUGAGCCCCGCGGCGGACUGAGCCCCGCGGUGGACGGAGCCCCAGUAGGCGAAUGUGGCUUACAGGUUUCCGUGUUUCGUGUCGCUCCCUCACUCCUCCGGUAACAGCUGUAGGAAGCGCUGGCUUUGAAACCUCAGGGUGGGGCAAUUUAUGGUUAUGCCUGCAUGUACAGUCCUGUGCAGAAGUCUCGGGCAGCUAGAAAAAAUAAUAUUUAAAUUACCUUAAUGUUGGUGUAAAACUGUUGUUAUGCCUGUCGAAGGUUUUUUGCUUAACCCUUUCAAACCCCCUACCAAUGUCACAUCAGUAUUUGCAGCAGCCAUCUAAUACACUCGUGUAUUUUUUGACUCUACCACUAGCAGACCUCAUACGGCUAAUAAAUAUCUCAUUGAUGUUUUUAACUAAUAAAACUGAUUAAUUAAGUUUGAAUAAAUCCGUGGAGUGGCUUGGGUGCCUCUGAGGAGAGGUUUGGGAACUGAAGCGGCGUUCGUCUAACUUUCCAGCUAGAUGUCGGUAACUUUUUGCCGAAAUUAUUGCUAGUUAUCUUGUUAUUCGUAAUUUGCAUAUGUUUUAAUACUAAAUAGUUUGUUUUGUUUUUUUAUGCAAAAUAGCUCGUUUGACUGCCUAAGACUUUUGUACAGUACAGUAUGUUGUAAAGAGUCCCUGUAGAAAUUCUGUCCUCAAAUUAAAAUGUAUGAAAAUGACUUUGAGGGGAUGUAAGGGAGUGGAAGCCUGGAAAUCUCCUUCCCUGUCUUACAGUGAGGAAGCUUGUUAUUUGUCUGUGUAUAUAAACGAUCUACUCCAGGUACGACACUAAUGGCUCAUCACCUUUGCAGGUGAUGGCAGCUCUGUGACAUGUCACUGUAAUUAACGGUAAUUAGACUUCCUCUGCCGAAGGUAAUCAGACACACGGAUCCGUUUACGUAACACUGUUAUACUGCAGUAUUUCUCAACCUUGUCCACUGACCCCCAGUCGGCCCCCAUUUUUGCUCCAUCCCAGUUCCCUGUCAAAAACAUGGACUGGUACCUGAGGACUGGUUUCAGAAGCUCUGUUAUAGUCAGCUGUGAUCACACAUAGCUGGAUUGCGUGGUGCUGGUGUGCUUUGAGAACGACAUCGAUGGGUACAUCAACCUGGUGGCCUACCCCUACGUGGAAAGUGAGGGCCUGGAGCACGAGGAGCUGGCUGAGAGGGACCAGCCCCGCAGGAAGCACUCCCGCCGCAGCCUGCACCGCUCCAACAGCGAGCACCGCGACGAGCGCCCGGCCCACGAGAGCGACAGCGCUGAGAGCCCCCGGCUGGAGCUGAAGAUCCACUCGGAUGUGCCCUUCCAGAUGCUGGACGGCAACAGCGGCCUGAGCUCCGAGAAGAUCAGCCACAACCCCUGGAGCCUGCGGUGCCACAAGCAGCAGCUGAGCCGCAUGCGAUCCGAGUCCAAGGACAGGAAGCUGUACAAGUUCCUGCUGCUGGAGAAUGUGGUGCACCGCUUCAGCUGCCCCUGCAUCCUGGACCUGAAGAUGGGCACGCGGCAGCAUGGCGACGACGCCACCGAGGAGAAGGCCGCCCGCCAGAUGAGGAAGUGCCAGCAGAGCACGUCGGCCACACUGGGAGUGCGCGUCUGUGGUAUGCAGGUGUACCAGGUGGACACAGGACACUACCUGUGCAGGAAUAAGUAUUACGGCCGGGGGUUGUCCAUCGAUGGCUUCCGUCAGGCACUCUACCAGUUCAUGCACAACGGGCUGCAGCUGCGGGUGGACCUGUUUGAGCCCAUCUUGGGCAAGCUGCGCAGCCUGAAGGCCGUGCUCGAGCGACAGGCCUCCUACCGCUUCUACUCCAGCUCGCUGCUCAUCAUCUACGAGGGCAAGGAGGCGGAGGCGGGGCCCCGGCAGGUGUCGUGUGACGGGGCCCCCGAGAGGGACACGGACCACCUGGGCCCAGCCGCGCCAGAGCCGCCCCCAUCCCCGUCCCUGGGGAUCCCCACACCGAGUGUGGACGUGCGCAUGAUCGACUUUGCACACAGCACCUUCAAAGGUUUCCGUGAUGACCAGACCGUGCACGACGGGCCCGACAAGGGCUAUGUUUUUGGACUGGAGAAUCUGAUCACGAUUCUGGAGAGUAUCCGGGAGGAGAACCAGUAGCUAAGGUGCACUGGACAAGGGCAGCCUCUCUCGUCAGUCUCCUCCAGCAGAGUUCGACCCCACCUACCUACCUAAAAAGAAAAAAAAAAAAAAAAACGAAAACGAUGAUCAGCGUAAACAGGAUCAUACUGGAGAAACAAGAAUUCUCCUGUGUUCUCGCAGUGCCAUGGUAACGAACGCUUAGGGUUGACAAGAACCCUUGUUACCCCACACUGAAGAGCUCUGAGGAAAUGGCGAUCAUAGUAUGGUAGGAUCUGCUUAAUCCAGUCGUCGGCAUGAACGCCGCUGCCGUCCCCUUGAAAGUAAGCAGUGUUGAGCAGUUCUCGUGGGUUUGUCGCCACCGUGUGGCCAUUUGGAGCAUUGCACCGAAAACCAGAGACAACGCUGCAUCUCAGGGCAAGUUCAGGGUCGUGCCCUGUCGUUCCACUGUGGGGUUGCUACAAGGAGAUGCGUGCAUUUAGGGUAGUGCUCAGGGGAUGGCCCCUCAGAUACUGCUCAGAAGGAUAAUUCUGUUAGGCCAUUAGGCCUUGUGGAAAUGUUUUUGGAAGCUAUAUAGUAAAAGGAGUUAUUUAAUCUAUUAUUAGAAGGGGAGAGAAAAUAUUUCAUUUUAAAUAUCACAGCUUUAUGUACGUCUGAUAUAUAGCUGGUUAGUUUUUUUUCCCCAGUUUUUUUUCCCCUAUAAGCUUCUAGUCAGUAAAUUCACAUUCAUUUGUUUUUUCAUCAUGUUCGAGAUUCAUACCAAGCUAAUGAUUUUACGGAAUCCCUUAACUGUCUGACUUUGCCCCUCAGUUUACAGCAGGCCAGGCAAUCUAAGGGCUGCUAUUUCACAGCCCUGACUUCUGUUUUUUGUUUUUUUUUAAGGGUGCGUGCAUUUGUGUGUCUGUGUCUAUGUCUGUGUGUCUGUGUGUGUGUCUUAGAUACUUUCCUCCAUUCAGGUUGGUUUGCGAUCCCAAAAGAAAAAGCCACCUUCUAACUUGCACUGUGGGAACCAGAUCAAGAACCUGUCAGAAGUGUGAUUCUUUCGUCUCGUUUUCUUCAUCCCGUUGUUCUUGACCUUUAGAGUUUGAGUCAAGGGUCAGAGAAAAAGAGAUUGCACUCAUAUACUGUGGACUGUGUUACUGUAUUCCUCCAUCAGCACAUGUAGCAAAAAAAAAGAAACAUGAAACAAAAGUGACAAGAUAUAACCAUACUUGACCUUUCUCUUGUUCUGCUCGUCCCGUCCCUCCCAGCACAGCCAGAGAUGGCAUCUUUAAAGAAAAAAAAGGAAAAAAAAACUGAGUUAGGAUGUCAUCUUACGGGGUGAUUCUAUGCCUGGCAGUAACACGUCACAGGACCUGAGAUGUCCCUGAGUUCCUGGUGAGCGCAAUGGCUUGGAUGCUGGUCCUGCAAGCACAUUUGUAAGGAAGCGUGCCACCGGACGGUGAAAUCCCCCACUACAUAAUAUGUCAUUUCUGUUCUGUACCCUGAUGUAGCUUAAGUGCUCAGAAAAUACAGUCCUGGUUACAUUGUGUUGUCGAGCAGUUCCUGUGUAUGGUCAAAGCCUCUUUGUGACAUCAUGACAAAUGGAAUAUUAUAUGAAAAAAAACCUUUGUAUUUGGUUUUUAAUUGCAGUGAAUUUUGUGCACCUGUGGAGAAAAUACUGCUGUCCAGUGUCUUAGCAAACGGUCAUCCAGUCGUUCUCAACUUGAAUCGUUCACUUCCUCAGGUCACUCCUGUUACUGUGUCCAGUGGCGUGAUAAUGAAUUUCUUGCAUCACUGGGUGUUCUGCAAUGUCUCCGUGCUCCUUUCUGCAGGCGUCAAGAUCUUCCAAUGUUAUAGAAUUUAUAGGCAUUCGACGAAGUCCCCUAUAAUUCAAUAGUGUGAAAUAAUAUCAAAGGUAUAGAUGUAAAAUGGACAUCAGACCACUUGGCGCCCCCCAGUUUGAAUUGUUCAAUGACCAAUUUGAGCUAAUGAGGUUGAGCAAAGGUAUAUUUAAGGACAGUAACAGAUAUUGGUUUACAGAGUGUCCUAAGACGCUUAGUAACCCUGAGUGUUAAACGAUCCAUGAAAAUGAUUGAUUUUAACCUUUUUCUUUUAGGAAAGCAGCUGCCUUCACGUAAAGCCUAUAUAUUUAAAUCAGCAUUCAGUUUGCAAUAAAAUAAUCCCUAUUAUGUAUUUAAGAUUAGAAGGGUUCCUCACAUGAAGAAAAUAAACAGUAGAUUUCAAUAUCGGUAAAUGGUUUUGAUCUCCAGUAUGGCUCCCUGCUCUGUGGUGGAUGUUAGAUGUCAAUCUUUGCAUAGAUGUGAGAAAUUAUUUGUAGAGUGUAUCUAUUACCCAAAAAUUUUAAGUAUCUCUUCUUGUUGCAUGAAUGGAUAUUUUUUUAAGAAGAAUUAUUAUAUGACACCUUUGAAUGUGAACAUUAAAAUGUUUAUUUAAAAAA